AUGUCAACUUGUCCUGUAUGUGGUAAAAAGGCUUAUCAAAUGGAAGCCAUUAAAAUAGAAGGUAUUACUAUGCAUAAGAAUUGUUUUAGAUGUAGUGUCUGUAAGAAAAUUUUAAAUGGUGCUAAUUUUGCAAAGAAUCAUGGAGUUUAUUAUUGUAAAGUUCAUUUCCAACAAAUGUUCAGAGAAAAAGGUAAUUAUGAUGAAGGUUUUGGUUAUAGUAAACAUAGUGCUGAUUGGGAAAAGAAAGAUGAAGAACAUCACGUUGAACAAAAACAUGUUGAAAAGAAAACCGAAAAACCAAAACCAGUUGAAGAAAAGAAAGAAGAAACAAAACCAGUUGAAGUAAAGAAAGAAAUUACUUUUUCACCUGAAAUUAAGAAUCAAAUUGAUAGUAUUUUAAAGACUCUUGAUAAAAUGGAAGGAAUUGUUUCAAAAUUAGAGAAUUGUGGAAUUAGUUCAAGUGAACCAAUUAAAAAUGAACAAGUUGAUAAUGUUUUUGCACGUCUUGAAGCUGUCAUUUCCAAAUUAGAGAAGAAAUGA